AUGGCUAGAAAGAAAAAUAAGACUUCAACUGAAUCCUCAAAGGAGAUCAAAGCCAGGGGAAACUUCACCAGAGCCUAUAAGUGCAUGAAAACAACUACUAAGAAAUUCCAUGACUCUGUUCAAAGUUGUGUGAAUACCAAAGACGGAAGAGCUCAACAAAUACAUGUCCUUGACCUCCAUUCGGUUCAACGACCUUCUGGAAAAAUGAAGUUGCAGCUCUUUCCUUUGGAUGUUCAUACACGUCAAGGACUAGAAAAGGAUGGCUUUCACCUAUAUUUGGAACUCACUCUUAGCUCACGGAAGAAGGUUUCUUCAGUGCUUCAACACAUCCACACAGUAAGUGGGGCAGCUCACAGAUCGCUCGAGGAGAUCCCACCGUGUACGGAGAUGAUCAAUCGAGACUCCCUUCUGGUCCUAAAUAGGCAGCAAAGAGCAGCAUUACGAUAA